AUGCGUGUUUCGAGCAUCGUGGUUGCCGCGUCGGCGGUGCUUUACACCGUUUUUGCGCAAGAACUGAACGAAAAUGUGCUCAGGGCACAGAGUACCGCGGUGCAAAUGACGCAUCAAACGACAGUCGCGCCGAACCCCGGCUCUACACAUUCCAACGCGCGGCCCAAACCUUCGACGCGCGCCGCAGCACCGCCUGCCAACAACAAUAGCACUACCUCUGCCACGCCUGCACAGGUACCCAACAGUCAGGCACCACCUGCACCUUCGAAUAUGGCAAAGCCGGACUCGUCCAUUGAAUACCCCUCCGUCACGAUUCCAGACCCCCCCAAGACCACGUCUGCCUUCGACGUGAGCGCCGCCCCCUCGUCUGUACCGGACAAAAACAUGACGAUCACGUCGAACAGCACCUUGUCACCACCCUCGGCAAUCGGAUCGUUUAAUGGAACACUCCCGCCGCUGAUCAGCACCAUGUACCGCGGCUCGAACGAGUCACUGGCGAAUUUGCCAACCAUGUACUGGACCUUGGCGAAUGGCAGUUUCAGCAACAGUGACUUGAAACGUAUUUGCGAUAAUCAGGUCCACUUCUGCGAUAUUGCUGGCUGUGAGGACCAGGACGACCAGCUGCACAACAACUUUUGUGACACGAGCAAUGGCAUGGCAACCAUGUGCACUUGCGCCAAGAGCAAGUCGCGUCUGGCGCAGUUCCAAUGGCCGGUGCAGGCGCAAGACUGUCUCUUCCGGCUCCAGGCAUGCACGGACGCGUGCCACAAGCGCAACUUGCCAUUCACGCAGCGAGGUCAGUGCAAGCAGGCCUGUACCGACCAGAUUGGCAGCAGCUGCGGCAAACCAGAGCAAUACGGCGUUAGUUACGCUGUGUCCAAGCGUGGCAUUGCGCCAUCGUACCAUAUCGGGAGCCAGAGAGAGCCCCAAAGCGCUGGAUUCCGUGCGUCUGCAAACGUUAUCCUUGUUAUCGGCACUGCCUCUGCCGUUCUUCUCCUCCAGUGGGCCGCAUAA